GGCGCGAGCGCGGCGAGCAGCCAUGAUGCAGGAAGGCUCGGACGACGGCCCAGAUUUCCUCUCGGAGGAGGACCGAGGUCUUAGAGCAAUAAAUGUAGAUCUCCAGACUGAUGCUGCUCUGCAAGUGGAUAUCUCGGAUGCACUCAGUGAGAGGGACAAAGUUAAAUUCACUGUCCAUACAAAGAGUUCCUUACCAAAUUUCAAACAAAAUGAAUUUUCUGUUGUCCGGCAACAUGAGGAAUUUAUCUGGCUUCAUGAUUCUUUUGUUGAGAAUGAGGACUAUGCUGGCUAUAUCAUUCCACCAGCACCACCCAGGCCUGACUUUGAUGCCUCAAGGGAGAAGUUGCAGAAACUUGGAGAAGGGGAAGGAUCAAUGACUAAAGAAGAAUUCACCAAGAUGAAACAAGAACUGGAGGCUGAAUAUUUGGCAAUAUUCAAGAAGACAGUUGCAAUGCAUGAAGUCUUUUUGUGUCGCGUGGCAGCACAUCCUAUUUUGAGAAAGGAUUUAAAUUUCCAUGUAUUCUUGGAGUAUAAUCAGGAUUUGAGUGUUCGUGGGAAAAAUAAGAAGGAGAAACUUGAAGACUUCUUUAAAAAUAUGGUUAAAUCAGCAGAUGGUGUCAUUGUUUCGGGAGUAAAGGAUGUGGAUGACUUCUUUGAACAUGAAAGAACAUUCCUUGUAGAAUAUCACAACCGAGUCAAAGAUGCCUCUGCCAAAUCUGAUAGAAUGACAAGAUCUCAUAAAAAUGUGGCAGAUGACUAUAACAGAAUUGGUUCUUCAUUAUAUGCAUUAGGAACACAGGACUCCACAGAUAUAUGCAAGUUUUUUCUGAAGGUAUCAGAGUUAUUUGACAAAACAAGGAAAAUAGAGGCCCGGGUAUCUGCUGAUGAAGAUCUUAAGCUUUCUGAUCUUCUGAAAUAUUAUCUAAGGGAGUCUCAAGCUGCUAAGGAUCUCCUGUAUAGAAGAUCUAGGUCACUAGUGGAUUAUGAAAAUGCUAAUAAGGCAUUGGAUAAAGCAAGAGCAAAAAAUAAAGAUGUGCUGCAAGCUGAAACUACUCAGCAAAUAUGCUGUCAGAAGUUUGAGAAAAUAUCUGAAUCAGCAAAACAAGAACUGAUAGACUUUAAGACAAGAAGAGUUGCAGCAUUCAGAAAAAAUCUCGUGGAGCUAGCAGAACUGGAAUUAAAGCAUGCUAAGCUCAAGACUUUUGAAAAAGCUAAAAAUCUGACUGUGGAUUGAGAUUGCUUUGAGUUGAUGCAAGUGCAGACUACUGCCAGGAAGGAAGAUGAUGCAUGACUGUUCCUUUCCCUUAUCUUGGCACUAUUAUGUGUGCAGCUGUGUAGUAAGAUGAAGCUAAAACUUGCUCUGGAUUUUUCUAAGCUUUACUUUCAGUCUUGUUUUCACAGCAUCCCUUGUGUCAGAACACACAGUUUUUGGUAGGAGUGGCUGGGAAUAAGAAAGAGCUGCUUUCUUAUUAGCAGUAUGUGCUGUACAUCUACUUAAAUGUCUGCCAAACUGCAGCUUUAGAUUCUGCUUGGUCUGUGACAUAAACUGAACAGAUUGAUGUUCCUUUUCUGUGGCCAUUUUGUCUGACUAUCCCUCUAGGUAGUGUUUAGCUUCUGGUUUGCUGCCUCUUUGUUUCUUCAUGACUUCAUGCAGCUGUAGCUUAAGUGUUUGGGCAUUUAGUGCAAAAGCUGCACUUAAAGCAGUAUUUUAAACAGCAGGAUUUUGAGGUGUCCUUGUGUGUUGGAUUUCAUGUUCAAGAAAGGAGGUUUGAUAGCUAGUGAAACUGCUAGGUUUAUGAUCAUAUACUUGAAGCAUUUAUAGCCUUGGUGUUACACCUUUAGAGUCUUUUGGCAUAUUAAUUGUAACUUAGUAAGAUAGCUACCUCCUUAAAAAAAAAAUCAAAACAUCUUUUUCUACAAAUACUGUUUUUUACACUCCUGCCUCUCUAUGGGUUUUUGUGAAAAAAAGAAUUUAUUGCAUUACUAGCAACAGAUGCCUGUUUGGAACUGAGAGAAGGAAUAAGCAAAAUCCUGUGCUAAGGGAUUUGGUUAAAUGCUUUGUCAGCAGUUCUUUCCUGAAAAGAAUAUUUCUGUCACCAUGGUUCUGCUAAUAACUGUAAUAUCUAGAGCUUAGGAGUCCAAGUUGCCAAGGAACACUUUUGAAACUGAAUUUAUAGGUGUUCUCGAGCUAUGUUGAUUUAAGUCGAGGAUGUUAGAUGUUGCAGCCAGAAAGAGUAAUGGCUCACAGCCUCUGUUGUCCUUAAUUUAUUAUAAUUUGAAUAAGGUUGUUCUUGUGAGCUUUGUAAAUUUGAUUUAAUGAAAAUGAAUUAUUUGCCUGAUUGAAAAAUUUCGGUAGACUGACUGGCUGAGUCUCCAAGUAACUAAUGUGUAAAGGGCAUCUUUUCUUUAGAGUGCUACAUAGUGUCCUGUGAAUUGCAAGUAUACUUCAUGCUGCUGAUGGGGGAUGGCCAAAAGGUCACUGUCACACUUUUGUUAUAGGUGACAUGCAUGCAGUCCACAAUUAUACUUCAGUCUGAAAUGCUCCUUUUCAGUCAUUACUUCAUUGCAACUAAUAGUUGCUGUUUAAUAACAGAGAACUUAGAUUUAUGAAUCUUGUACUCUACAAAGAUAGGCCACCAGGUCCCCAUAUAUCUCAUGUAUAUUCAACUUGUUGUAUCACAGAAUUACAAGCCUUUUAAAUAGCUUGUGACUGUCCUCUGCUAGUAUAGGCAUAAAAGGACAAAAAGCUAUUGAAGGCCCAAAUAAAAUCGUGGUGUUCUGGAGAAGGUUGAAAAGGAUUCAGUGGAUGUAACUGGGAAUCUACUUUGAAGCCUUUAAUUUAGUUAAUUGCUUUAUCUGGAUUAUAAGAACCUUAAUGGGGGACAGAAUUAUGAUUUCAUACCUUUUUUUUGGCCUGAGGGAUGAGUGUCCUUCAGCCUGUCUGCGACAGGUCAUUUGGAAUGAUUUGACCUUAAAAAGUAAGAAUUAGAAAUUCUUUAAUACUUGUGUGGACUGUUUAUCAAGUACAUGCAAAUCACAGCUACAGAUACUGUUAAGCUUUUGUUUGUUUGAAGUUUUCUUAGGUUUCUUUUUCAAUUAAAAAAAAAUUAGAAGGAACCAUGUCUAUAACUGGGCAUUUAGACUGUGUUGUUCUUGCAUUUUAUCUGAACCUGAUAGGAAUUACUCUUAACACUGUCAACAGCCUAACAUUGUUUCUUACAUGGAGAUUUCAGGUUUGGGAACAAAUCACUACAGCUCUUUAAAAGUGAAGAGCCAGUAGUUUAAAGUGAUCUAAGCAUACAUGAAUGCACCAAAAAAUGUGAAUACCAGGGUUGGUGUUGUGGGUUUUUGUUUGUUUGUGUGGUGGGGUUUUUUUGUGUGUUGUUUUUUUUGUUUGUUUGUUUGUUUUUUUUUUUCUGCAAAGUAAAUCCUGGUUGCAUUUGCUUAAUUCACCAGGGUAUCUCUUAAGUGUCAGUUUUGGAAAUUCAUUCUGAAAUCUGAAAGUCAACCUGUAUGUUUUUAUGGUAAAGUCAGAAUGCUUUAAGUAAGAUUAAAACCUGACCUACAGGUGUUUGAAAAGAGGGCAGAAUUUGGCCUUAGAUAUAAAGCUUAGUUUUGUUUUGAUAAUCAGUUCUGUAGCUCUAAUGGCUCUAAUCAACCUUGAUGGCUAGAUCACCUGUCUAAGCAUGUAAACCAGUCUGUUGUCUUUCAAACAAGGCCUGUCCUUGAACAGAGCUAUGAGCUUGUAUGGCUGCUAUGGCAAGGAAAUACUGAGUGCUGUCAACUGUGAACAUUUCUUGAUCAAUUCAGAAUUCAACAUACUAUAUGAAUACUUCUGCUUUGGGAAUAAUAUUCCAGUGACAAAGUAAUGGCAAUGCUAUGUAAAAAAUUAAAACUUAUUAUCACUUUGAGCUUCAUUGCUAAGAUGCUGCUUUGCAGUGAACAGUUUUUUGUGGCCACACUAGAUCUUUAGCAAGAAACUUAUGAGUAAACAUGGGAAGGGUACUAAAUGCUUAUUUUUUAAUCUCAGAUUGCCUCCAUUUAGUUCCAUGACACAACUCUCCUACAUUCAAAAAUUCUGUAAGAUACAAGUUAAAUACAUAUGUCUACAUAAGCUUAAUACUCAUCUGUUGUUAUUUAGUGGUGUCAUUGCUAUUUAAAAAACAAAUUUUUGCCACAAACAUAAAAGAAAGUAGGGAAAUGUGAUCACAAUUUUUUUUGUUAUUU